AACACAGCCCUCUGUGAGCUUCAGCAUGCCAGUCACAAAGUCAUACUUCAUGACUGUGGUGGUCGUGCUGAUCCUGGUUGAAGAGACCACAGGUGGCCUGUUUGGAUUCCACAGUAGCAAGAGGCGGGAGCCAUGGAUUCCGUGUGAGCUUUACCAGGGGCUAUGCAGAAAUGCCUGCCAGAAAUAUGAGAUCCAGUACUUAAGCUGCCCAAAGAACAGGAAGUGCUGCCUCAAAUAUCCUAGGAAGAUUACCAGCUUCUAACUCUGUGAGGGAGCCUGGCUUGCCCACCACAAAUGCUUCAAGCUACUCUCAGGUUUAAGUGUCACCAGCAUCAUCCCUUCUUGUAGUAAUUUUUCCUAUGUUCUGGAAUAUUCUUUUCAUAAAAAUCCAUUCCUUC